AUGGACGAUGAAGAAUUACUGGGCGCUUGUUGUGUAGAUGAUGAUGCACUACUGGGUGCUUGUUGUGUGGAUGAAGUCAAAUCACUAGGUACUUGUUGUGUGGAUGAGGCAGAAUUCCUUGGUGUUUGUUGUAUGGACGAUGAAGAAUUACUGGGUGCUUAUUGUAUGGAUGAUGAUGCAUUACUGGGCGCUUGUUGUGUAGAUGAAGUCAAAUCACUAGGUACUUGUUGUGUGGUUGAGGCAGAAUCACUGGCUAAUUAUUCAUCAUUUGAUAUAGAUUCAUUCACAUUCUGUGUGUUGUUGCUGGUAGUUAUCUGA